UUUCAGUCUAUUCAUUAUAUUGUGUUGGAAUUGAACGUUGAACGAUUAUCGGUCAGUAAGCAGGAAAACGAUCAUUGUGUAGGCGAUGUCCGAUUGGGACAAUUUGGAUAAAUUGAUAGAAGUAGAUUCUAUUCCAAUCAAAAAAGCUGCUGCAUCCAAAAUAGCAAGCAGUCUUGAAGAGGAAAACAUCGUUUUUACAAAAGAGAGUGAUGGUAGUGAUAUCGAAGAUGGAAUGUCUACAUCAAUUUCAAGCAAAAACGAUCUCCAAUCCGAGAGUGAGGAUGAGGAAGCUGGCGAUAUUGUCAUUGCUAAUAAUUUCACUAUAGGUGAUGUGAACCUAGUUGAAAUUUUAAAUCGUUUCAAUUCGAAAUAUGAUAAUAUAAUCUCCGAAUUUGCGGAUGUGGAAAUAUUUUUGAUAUCGCUGGACGGAUUAUUAAUCGAACUUACAGCACACAGUUAUUUGAAUUGGACGCUGGGUGGACAGACUAUCGUUAUCGCAAAACAGAUUGAAAUUCUGUUGAAACAGCUUUCAAAUCUUGGCGGCAAGUUCAAAUUAAUUUGGUUCACGGGUUUGUCUGCCACAUAUGCUAGAGAUACGGUGCUCAACUUUCUGCGCAGUUUCGUUGCAGCUUAUUUGCUUCAGUCUCAAUGGGCAGCGGAUAUUGAGCAUUUUGUCAAUCCUAAUGACUCGCAUUGGUUAUCUUACUUGCAUGAACUGAUGCCUUCAUUUUUGAUGAUUGGCGUCGAUGAUGUAUCAGAAAAUGUAGUAGCAGAUACUGAGUUGGAUUUCAAACAACUUCUUGCUUCAAUAGCGCUUCAAGCGCUUGCUUCGACCAUUCCCAUCGUGUAUUUCAAUGGUCUUGUCGUGAAUCUCUGUUCAGUUUACAGUCAUCGUGUUGAGCCGCAUAUAGUCGAUUUCAAAGGAUGGACCGGUUAUUUAUCCCAACUAUGGGCUGAUAAAAAAGAUGUGGUUCACCGAAAUAUUAACCAAUCAAGUUGCAAGAGUGUUUCACAGUUUUGGGCUCAAAUCAUUGGAGAUUGUAAGAAAAGUGGUAAAUUACCGAAAGAAUCUGAUGCGCUGACAUCUGCUGUGCUUAUUUCUUCACUGAUUUGCGAACGUCGUGGAACAGAACGUCGUUAUUUUGAGGAAAGUAAGGAUUCGAAAAGACGCAUCGAUUUGAUCAAAUUCAGAAGAACACUGCUCAAUUCCUGUUCAUCUUUAUUGGAUGGACUUAAUUUAAAGCAGCACCCGUUGUCCUUCUCACUGAUCGACCUUUGGGAUGGCCUUUUGAUAACAAGAAUAUAUGAUGCCAUAAAUUCAGGUGUAAAAGUUCUACCUUAUCGUCUUCAGCAGGAAUUAGCUCCUCUCCAUAAAACAGCAUGUCUGGAGCUUUCUCUUGAAGUUGAUGUAGACGAUGCAUUAUUUGAUUCGGCUAUAAAAGAAAUGGAUUAUAAGAAACCUGCACUUCUUCCUGUCAAUUCUCUAUUGCUGAAUCAGUAUACUAAGGAAAUGCUAAGCGCUUUUCAGGAUUAUGGCACAGAAACGGAACCAUCUGUUUUCGAAGAAUUUUUGCUACGUGUUAAAUGGCGCCUUGAUACUAUCGAAGAGCCUUAUACUAAAGCCGAAGAACGAAUUGAUAAUGCUUACCAGAUAAAAAAGCAAAACAAAGAUAGACAAAAGCUUGGCAAAUGGUACGAAUUCUUCGCAGAGUCGCUCGAAGGACGUGGAACUGGUUUGCUAGUUGAUUUUUCACGUACGCCACGUGGAUUUACUUCGAAACUUAGUGAACAAACUGAUAAAAAAAGGAGAAACAACAAUGGCAACCAAAAGGCAAGGGAAACGUGCUUCUUCGAGCCAGGGCCAAAAGGUAAAGGAGCUGUUAAAUCAAAAAAAGAAUUAAUUUUGGAAGCUAAUCGAAAUAAGAAGAAUGAAAAACUUGCGGAAGAUGAAAAACAAAUGGUUCGAUUUGCAGUGCAACAGGGGAAGAAUGCAAUGUUUAUUUUGGAAAACUUGAUGAACAAGCUCGAACUGGACUCAUCUAGAGCGAUGUGUACCUACCAACAAGUGCUGCGUAUGUCAAAUGAUUUCAGUUCUUUGGAGGGACAAGAUUUCGUAGAGAAAAGAAGGAUUCGGGCAGUUCCUAUAAUCAAUAAAUUGAAGGAUCUUUUUACAGUGUAUUGGCAGCAUUUGGACGAUAAGCAGAAAGAAUAUGUCACCGAUUUAUGGAUCUCUUUCGGAUUUGAAAAAAGCAAGAAACCAACUGCUUUUUCUGAAGCCAGGUUAACGUUGAAUAUGAACAUGAUAUAUUAUCAGUUGGCUUACGGUGGUGAAAUCAUCGAUAUUCGGUCAGAUCCGCGAAAGGACGAUCGUGUGACUGGUUUCCAACCAGAUGCGUGGCAGAGACGAAUGUUGGAUGCUGUGGAUAAAAAUCAUUCGGCUGUUAUAAUUGCCCCAACUUCUGCGGGUAAAACUUUUGUAUCGUAUUACUGUAUAGAACGUGUACUGCGACAAAGUGAUGAUGACAUGGUUGUCUAUGUUUCACCUUCCAAGGCACUUUUGAAUCAGGUUUGUGGUUCAGUGUACGCUCGUUUUCGUAAUAAAACUUUAAGUGGUGGAAAAUCGCUGUUUGGGACACUUCUGUUGGAUCAUUCUGACAAUCCAAUGAACUGUCAGGUGCUCAUCACUAUUCCAGAGUGUCUCGAAAACUUGCUUCUGUCAACGAAUCCAAUCGUACAGGCAGUGAUCAGUAAAAUUAAAUAUGUCAUAUUUGAUGAAGUUCACUGUAUUAGCGCUUCCCCAGAUGCCCAUGUUUGGGAACAUCUCCUGCUUCUCAUUAGAUGCCCUUUCCUUGCCCUCUCAGCUACUAUCGGUAAUGCAACAGUUCUUCAUCAGUGGUUGCAGUCCGCAGAGGAAAGUAAAAAUGUACGAGGAACACCUUUAAGAGAGGUUGAACUAAUCACAUAUGGUGAAAGGUACUCGGAAUUGGAACUUGCCGUGCAGCGGAUUAAUCCAGCGAUUGAUACGAUAGCUCAAGAUGGAAACGUUGUGAACUCAAUGGUUGAGCACUUUAUGCCAUAUGGUGUGUAUAAACCGGUGAAGUUAUCGAUGUUUGGAAUACCUGCUGAUCAGCAGUUAACUGCGAGACAGAUCCUUGAUUUAUAUUAUGCUCUUGCCGAAGUGGAUCCUGUAGUCAAGGAAGAAUUUGAACCAUGUUCAUUUUUCAACUAUAAAACUGGAGGCGAAAAGGUUUGGCUUACACGUGAAGACAUUAGACGUCUGGAGGUUGCUCUGAAGAAUCGUUUUUUGGAAUGGCUUGAAAUGAAUCCAGAAAUAGCUAAUAAAGUUUUGCAGCAAAUUGGUAGAAAUGUUGAAAAUGAAUUAAACUUCAGGAGUAAACCAUUUGAUCAGCGAGCAGUGGCAAUGAAAAGCAUUGCCCCACUGAUUUUGGAGUUACGUAACAAGGAAUUGCUUCCGGCAAUUUGUUUUAAUGAAGAUCGUCGGGUGUGUGAAAGAUUGGCUCAACAGUUGUUCACUUAUCUCGAAAUGCAGCAGAAGGAGUUCGAAGCCAGUCCAGAGUACAAAAAAUAUGAAAUAAAAGAUGAGGAGGUAAAAAAUACUGAAAAUAAUGAAAAGGAAGCGGGAUGCUGCAGCAACAAAGGAGAAAAAAAAACAAAAACUGCAGAUAAAUUUGAGAGAGCUGAAGCAGAAGAACAAGAACAUAACGUACAAGAUGUUGAUGAUUACGAUCCGCUUGCGGCAAUGAAACUGCGUUUGAAUAUGGUUUUGGAAAAGUUCAAAUUACAUGGGCGGCAGCGUGAUGCAGAUUUGUAUCAGAAAGUGACUGCAAGAUUGGCAAAGGAUCGACUAGGACGGGAAACUACAAAAUUAUUAUUUAAGCUUUUUGAACGCGGCAUUGGCUUCCAUCAUCCUGGUUUGAAUUCUAAAGAACGCGGUGCUGUCGAAAUCUUAUUCAGAUCUGGUUAUUUGGCAAUCUUAUUUUCGACUUCAACGCUGGCACUCGGUAUCAACAUGCCGUGUAAGACGGUUCUUUUUGGAGUUGACGAUGCAAAUCUAACACCUUUACAGUUUCGACAAAUGUCUGGUCGAGCAGGCCGUCGUGGUUUUGAUCAUUCAGGCUCAGUCAUUUUCAUGUCAAUACCAACUGCCAAGAUACGCCGGUUAUUAACAGCGAGUUUGUCGACUUUACGUGGGAAUUUGCCGUUUACUACGUCGUAUAUUCUACGACUUUUUGGUUACAUACAUCAACAAGACAGCAUGAUGAGUGAACUACGUUCUGGAACUCAAAAAAUCUCACCUUCUGAGCAAAGAUUACGAACCGCUUUGUCAUUCUUGACAAAUUCUUUUAUCCUUCAUACGCGUGCCGAAUUGUCGUCAACAGUGCAGAAGCAGCUUAAGCUGUACACACUUUUUGCUGUUCAAGUGUUACGUUCCCUAAAUUUGUUGAAUGAGAAGGGUGAAUUGAGCGGUUUAGCUGCUCUAGUGUGUCAUUUAUCAGCCAAUGAACCAGGUAAUCUUCUUUUUGUACAUCUUCUCCAAAAUGGCGUAUUCCACAAGUUAUGCGAAGGUUGGACAAUAUCGCGAGAGGAAAUGAAAAGUCAGUUGGUGCUUAUUUUUGCACAUCUGUUUACUAAUUUGCGUUUGCCACUUAGUUGGAACCCGAAUGACAAGAAUUCCUAUCCGUCAACAGGUGAAUCAGAGAUUUUCUUGAGACCCUUGCCUGACAGUUGCGCUUGCUUAAUUGAACAGUAUGCCAACAAGGUGGAAAAUUUAUAUCGAGAAUUUAUGCGAUUGACUAAUCCUAACAAGAAACUUCAGGGUGAAGUAUUCUCUCUAACAGGUUUCGCUGAUUCAUCAGUUUCAAUGUUCUCAUCGAAUAUUGUUCAUCCAUUCCAUGACUAUUUGCUUUUUGAUGAAGCAUUUAUGCCAGCUCGUUCACCAACUCCAGUUGAUCAUCGUGGUCGAAAAGUAUACUUGAACGCCUAUGCAGUUGAUUUUUGGCGUCUAGAGUCAAAAAAAGCACUGGAACGAGAUAAUGGAAUCAGUGAAAAUAGAGUUUGGAGUUUAAUUCACAGUUUUUCAAGUACUCUUCUUAAAAUCAGUGAAGCAUUGAUCGUCAUUGGUCGUUCCAGAGAUCCAUUUGUGGAAGUGAUGCUGGAGUUGGCCGAUGAAUACUAUAAGAAAUUUUGUGUUGCCUUUUCGAUGAAAAAAAGGAGUCAUAUCUCCUAUGGCGCUGCAGAAUAA